CACGUCCCUUGGGCAGGCUGCAGCAUCCUCACAGGCACCUUCACAACUUCAAUCUCCUCAACAAUGGCGUUUCCAUUCAUCGCCGGCGUCGAUAGCAGCUGACGAGGUGCGAUGACUGAGCCGCCGAAAAGGUCAGCUAAAAGCCGUCGACGGCCGUGCAGACACACACAUAUCAUCCGUCAGGUCACUCUCUGUGCGUCGUGUGUGUGGCAUUGUUUCGUUGAUUCAGGUGCUCUCAUCAGCGAAUCAUGGCUGAGCCUCGUUUUGGCAGUGUGUCCGAUGGCGACGUGGACAGGAUCUUCUGCCGCUUUGACCACGGCUCCAAGGGCGUGCUGACGCGCGCAGAGCUCAAGAGCGCCCUGCUGGCGGUGUUCGGCUUCCCAUUCGUCAAGAGUGACAUUCAGGUGGGUCGGCAGAAAGGGACGGAAGGACACAAACAAACAAGGCACGGACAUGGCUGCUGGUGUGGUGCUGUGCUGUGCAUCAGCACUUGUGGGAGGAGGGGCUUAGUCACCAGCGGCCGCCCUUCACGCCGCCAGGCCUCUCAAAAGAGGUCUUUAGAGCUAUCGUACGUAAGCAACAACACUCUCUCACCGACGGAUCAGGGAGAGUGUGUGUUGCACAUGAGUGCAGGUGAGACGUCGGGAGCGGCUGAUCUCAUCGUUUGACCGGUCCUUCCGGGCCUUCUCUGCCCUCGACCGGCACUCCCGCGGCUUCCUGCUGCUGGACGACAUCGAGUGUGCGAUGGGCGAGGUCUGCCCGGCCGUCAAGAUCAGCGCGGCGGAGGUGUUUGCCGCCAUGGACAGGGGGACGGCGGGGAGGGUGACCUUCACUGACUUCCGACUGUUCAUCGGGGAGGGAGCCCUGUGAUAGGGAGACAGACUAGUGGGAUACGGUGCCGAGAGCCGGGGAGAUCGAUGCAUCUGUAGUCCUGAAUGACCGACUUGGAAGGACAACUCCUUUCAAAGCGCUCAAGCAUUAAUCGACAGCUGUCUUUA